CUUUUAUCUCUUUUCAAAAUUCAAAAAACAAUUAUCUUCUUUUUCUUUCUUCUGAAAACUACUAUUGUACCGUAUACACAUUUCUUUCGAAACCCAAAAAGAGCAUAAUUAGCUAGAUAUCAUGGAGACACAAUUGCACCGUCCACAGGAUACAGGGUUGCACUCAGGGGAAGGACAUGGUCAAAUUCAUGAUGAAGGUGAACAUCAUCAUAAGCAAUCAGUGUUGAAGAAAGUUAAGGCAAAGGCAAAAAAGAUCAAGGAUCAUCUAAAACAUGGUCUUGGACACGAUCACGGUCAUGAACACGAACACGAGCACGAGCAGCAUUCACUCCAAGGCGAUGAAGAAGAAACUGAUGAUGAAGAAAUGGAGGAAGUUGCAGCAGUUCAUGGUGGACCAUAUGCUAUUAGGAGUAAAGAUAUUCCAAAAGAGGAAGUUGUGCCAAUGGGUAAUUUAGAGAAUCCAACUAGCCCAAAGGAGGAUCGUUAUGAUUCUAAGAUGAAGAAUGAAGAUGUGCAUAGGCCAAUUUUGCAGAGGCAAGACGAAUUUGCGAGGCCACCCUCUUUGGAGGGGAUUCACUUCCCCGAAGAAAGACAUAAACCUGUUUUUACUGGGACUCAUGAGACGACCAAGGGCAUUGAUGAUGAUCAUAUUACUGCCCUUGGAAAACAUGAACAUCAAGGACAUGAAAAUACUGGAGCACCAAUGGGCCUAGCGGAUCAUCAUGCUGCCCACAGACCAGUUACUGCUGCCGAAACUCGUGAAACUAAGGGCUUUGAUCAUCAUGUUAUUGCCCCUGGAGCACAAGGUCAUCAAGGACUGCAGGGGCAUGAAAAUAUUAUUGGAGCAACAGGCGUAGUGGAUCAUCAUGCUGCUGCCGCCCACAGACCGAUUACUACUGCUGCUGAAACUCAUGAGACUAAGGGCUUUGAUCAUGUUACUGCUCCAGGAGCACAAGUCCAUCAAGGACUGCAGGGUACUGAAAAUAUUAUUGGAGCACCAAUAGGUUUGGCGAAUCCUCACGCUUCCCACUUACAUGAACAGAUGCAGAUGCCACCUGUUGUUACUGAUACAGGAGCCCGUGGGGAACUAAAUGAUCAAGGACUGCAGGGGCACAAAUUUAAAGUACUAACAGGUUUAGAGGAGGAUCCUAACGUUCCUAAAGAUUAUCCAAAUCCGACAAACUAUCAAAGCAAAGUCACCGAUCCAACAGGCGCCAACGAUGAGGAGGCGGGAGUUAGCCCACUUGUUCAAUCGUUCGAAAAAAUGGGCGUGAACGAUGUUCCGGAAACAACACGAAUAAGAACAGAGCCAAAAGCAGGGGAUUUUCAAUUUGAUCAAGGAACAGAACAUAGCCAGUAUACAGGAUCACAUGAUCAAUUUGCUCCGCAAGAAUCGCCUACAGUUUUCCCCUCAGUUCGUGAAAAUACUGAAUCAAUUCCUAAGAGUAUCAAUCCAGAGGAUUUACCUCAGGACAUUCUAACUGGGAAACCAGGUAGCUAUACAGAAAAGCUUUCAUCCGCAACAUCAGCAAUUGCUGAUAAGGCGGUUGCUGCUAAGAACAUUGUCGCCUCCAAACUCGGGUAUGGUGGAACAGAGGAGGAAACUAAGGCAACAGCAGGCGAUAAAGAUGCAACAAAAACAACCUCAGCAACUGAAUUUGCACAAAAAGCUGCAAGCGCAGUUGCAGGAAAACUUGCUCCGGUUUAUGAGAAAGUAGCAGUUGCUGGUAGCACAGUCGUGGCGAAAGUUACAGGACAUGAAAACAGGGGAGGUGUUGAUGCAGAGCAUGAAGUGAAGACUGAUAAAGGGGUGUCAAUGACGGAGUAUUUAGCAGAGAAGUUUAAGCCUGGAGAGGAAGACAGAGCACUUUCUGAAGUGAUUUCAGGUUCACUUUCAAGACAGAAGGAGAAAACAGAGGAAACAGGGGAGGCAAAGCCAAUGGGGAAGGUGACCGAAUCAGUGGAAGUUGAAAGGCGAUUAGGUCCUAUUGAACCCACAAAGAAAGAAGAAGAAGUUGGUGCUUCUGGAGAAACAAAAGUUGGUGAAAAUUUCGGACAGGGGGUGAUGGAUAGGGUUAAAGGUGCUGUAAGUACAUGGCUUGGGAAAGGUGUUGAAGCACAGGCAAAUGAUUCUGCUACGGGUGGAGGCGCUGUUGUUGGGGGGAGGGGUUAAAUGAUCAAACCAUGUUUUGCUAAAUCUUCAGCAACCAGGCAAUUGAAGUUGUUACAACGACUUCUUUUGCUUAUAUAUACAUGCGUUUUCGCCUAAUUUUCUACGUCUUGUUCUGUUGUUUUGUUUAUGGGAAAAGUGAUCAGGAUGCUGCUGAUGAUUUCUAGGAAAGUUAUACUUUGCAUAUUAUGUAUGUUGUUUUGUAAGUGUUCCACUGAAGUGUGUACUCAUAUUACAUGUAACUUUUUCUGUAUCUAUUGGUGGUGUAUUCCUC